AUGGGCAGCCCCGGGAACCGUAGCCACGCUUUGCGGGGCGCCGGGGAGCCGCCGUGGGCCGCGCUGCUGCCGUGCGACGAGCGCCGCCUCUCGCCCUUCCCCCUGGGGGCGCUGGUGCCCGUGACCGCCGUGUGCCUGGGGCUGUUCGCCGUCGGGGAGAGCGGCAGCGUGGUGACGGUGCUGCUGAUCGGCCGCUACCGGGACAUGCGGACCACCACCAACUUAUACCUGGGCAGCAUGGCCGUGUCCGACCUGCUCAUCCUGCUCGGGCUCCCCUUCGACCUGUACCGCCUGUGGCGCUCGCGGCCCUGGGUGUUCGGGCAGCUCCUCUGCCGCCUCUCACUCUACGUGGGCGAGGGCUGCACCUACGCCACGCUGCUGCACAUGACGGCGCUCGCCGUGGAGCGCUACGUGGCCGUCUGCCGCCCGCUCCGGGCGCGCGGCCUGGUCACCCGGCGCCGCGUCCGCGCGCUCAUCGCCGCGCUCUGGGCCGUGGCGCUGCUCUCCGCCGGGCCCUUCUUCUUUCUGGUGGGCGUCGAGCAGGACCCCGGCCACGAUGCGCUCCGGGACCUUAACGGCACCGCGCGGCCCUCCCCCUUGCCGCCGCCGCCGCCCUUCCUGGGGUCCUCUCUGGCUUCCCCGAGGUCCCCGCCGUCGGGGCCCGACGCAGCCGCCGCCGCGCUGUUUAGCCGGGAGUGCCGGCCGAGCCCGGCGCGGGUGGGCGCGCUGCGCGUCAUGCUGUGGGUCACCACCGCCUCCUUCUUCCUGCCCUUCCUAUGCCUCAGCGUCCUCUACGGGCUCAUCGGGCGCGAGCUGUGGAGGAGCCGCGGGCAGCUGCGAGGCCCGACCACCUCCGGCCGGGAGAAGGGCCACCGGCAGACGGUUCGCGUCCUGCUGGUGGUGGUUCUGGCGUUUACAGUUUGCUGGUUGCCUUUCCACGUUGGCAGAAUCGUUUACAUAAAUGCCAAAGAUUCCCAGACGAUGACUUACUUCUCUCAGUACUUUAACAGCGUUGCUCUGCAACUUUUCUAUCUGAGCGCCUCCAUCAACCCCAUCCUCUACAACCUCAUUUCAAAGAAGUAUAGAGCAGCGGCCUGGAAACUGCUGCGGGCUAGACCGUCCAGACAGAGAGGUUUCUGCAGAAGCAGGGAAGCCGAAGGGAACCCCGCCGGUGUCAGGGCUGGCUGCACGGAGAACAGCGCCAACGUGCAGAUGUCAGCAACCAGCACUGCCAAACUCGGCGCCCUGUCCCAUGGCUCUGGGACUUAA